GCAGAGCAGCAUGUCUUCGAUCGAGUCAUUGAGGAUAUCUUCAAGGAGGUGAAUCCCGAGGAAACAUUGCUUGUUGUAACAGCUGACCACUCGCACUCCUUUGCAUUGGUUGGUCAACCCAGUCGUUUCCGAAGUCUGUUCCUUCCAGAUCUUAUAAAGGGCAAUGAAACUCUUGACAAAAAAGGUAUGCAGCCGGUUGGCUACAUGACUGGUCCAGGAUCAGAAGUUAAUAAAACUAGAAAAAGUGUUUGGGACAUGGAAGACGAGACUUUGUUUGGCAAGGACACUCAAUUGCAGGCAUUGAUUCCAAUUGGCUGGGCAACACAUGGUGGGGAUGACGUUGCAGUCUUUGUCAACGGUCCCUUCAGUUACCUCUUCCACAAGACAAUUGACAACACCUUCGUGGCACAGGCGAUGAAGUAUGCCAUGUGUGCACCACCCUUCGACAAGGAGCCCUUCUGCGCUGGUUUCAGCCUCAAAUCAUCAAUCCUGGCCUUCAUUGGUCUUCUUUUAUGGUUCUGUUUUAACUAA